GCUCAGGAUUACAUUAUGGCCAGUAUAAAGGUUGCAGUAGUCACAGGGGGCAAUAAGGGGGUUGGGCUGGCUGUAGUCAACAACGCUGGCAUUGCUUUUAAAGUUGCUGACAAUACUCCAUUUGGUACCCAAGCCGAAGUCACAAUGAAAACCAACUUCUAUGGCACUAGGGAUGUUUGCAAGGAACUGCUGCCACUAAUUAAGCCACACGGGAGAGUGGUCAAUGUGUCCAGCAUAGUUAGCUACAAUUCUUUGGGACGUUGCAGCCCAGAGUUACAGAAGGUCUUUCGUAGUGAGUCGAUCACAGAGGAGGAACUGGUCAAACUUAUGGAAAAGUUUGUAGAAGAUGCCAAGCAAGACAUACAUCAAAAAGAAGGCUGGCCAAACACUGCUUACGGAACAUCUAAAAUAGGAGUGACUGUGCUCUCCAAGAUCCAAGCAAGAGAGUUAGACGCAACGAGGAAAGGGGAUGGAAUAAUACUUAAUGCCUGUUGCCCAGGGUGGGUGAGAACCGAUAUGGCCGGUCCAAAUGCUCCAAAGUCUCCAGAUGAAGGUGCCGAGACUCCCGUUUAUCUGGCUCUCCUGCCGCCUGAUGCAACGGCACCUCACGGGGAGCUAGUUAGUGAAAAGAAAGUGGUGAAGUGGUAAUCAUAUGUGUUGGCUUACUAGUGGGUCAUAUGAGCUCUGAUAUGGAACUACGGUGUUUAUAUGCUAAUUCCCAUAAAACUUUAUCAGC